AUGGCUGCAGUAAACGACGAUACCCUGACCAAGGUGUCUACAGAUGCUGCCGCCGAGCUUGUCCUGUCAUUCUACCUAGCCCUGGAGAAAAACCGCGAAUCCAUCGGCUCAUUCUAUCUGCCCGCACCUUCCACCAUUCUGUUCAACGGCAAUACAGUAGCAGAUGGUGCUGCCGUCCAAGAUAUCUUCACAAAGCAAAUGCCAAAUGCGCAUUACGAGGUUCAGUCUUAUGACUGCCAGGUCAUCAACCGCGCAUACCCCACCGCUACACCUACCGGGGUCAAGCCGCCCUCUGAAAUGACCGCCAAAGAUAUGUCUGUCCUGGUCAUUGUGAGUGGGUAUGUCAGAUAUGGCGAGGGUCGUGAUCAGCCUCAGCGUGGCUUCAGUGAAACCUUUGUGAUCGUGCCCAAUCCAUCCACUGAACGGGGCAAGCGCCGGAGGGACUGGCUCAUCCAGAGCCAGAAUUUCCGGUUGGUCGUAUGA